CAAUAAUGAAGCCCCCCAGUGUAAAAUUUCCUGUCAUCAAACUCUGUGUUCUACUUUUCCUUGUCAUCUUGUAUGCCGAGAGUUUCAACUUAUUUUUUUCCAGUUCAAUUUCCAAUCUCAAACCUUAUUCUACAAACAGUACCAAGCCUAAAUCCAAUGAUAAAAAGACAGAAGAGAUGGGUCCUAUUCCUAAUGCUGCAUGGUUUAACGAUGGAUUUGUUUAUGAGCCUGAGGAGUGCGAUUUUAGGAAUGGAAAAUGGGUGUUUAACAGUUCAAUAAAGCCUUUGUAUUCAGACAAGAGUUGCCCUUAUAUAAGUAGGCCUUAUUCUUGUGUGAAGAAUGGGAGGGUAGAUUCUGACUAUCAAUAUUGGGAAUGGCAGCCAGAAGAUUGCACCUUGCCCAAGUUUAAUCCAGAGUUAGCUCUGAAGAAGCUUAAAGGAAAGAGGCUGCUAUUCGUAGGGGAUUCACUGCAAAAAAGCCAAUGGGAAUCCUUUGUGUGUAUGGUUGAAUGGAUCAUACCCGAAAAGCAGAAGUCAAUGAAACGAGGGACUCAUUCAGUCUUCAAAGCCAAGGAAUACAAUGCAACCAUAGAAUUCUAUUGGGCACCAAUGCUUGUGGAAUCCAACACUGAGUUCUUUACCAUAAGGGACCCCAAGAAGCAGAUAGUGAAAGUAGAUUCGAUCAUGGAUCGUGGCAGAAAUUGGACAGGGGUGGAUAUCCUUGUUUUCAAUACCUAUAUAUGGUGGAUGAGUGAUAUUAGGGUUAAAGCACUAUGGGGUUCAUUUGGCAAUGGAGAAGAAGGGUAUGAAGAAUUGGAGAAUCAAAUUGCUUACAACUUAGGUCUAAGGACAUGGGCCAACUGGGUUGACUCAACUGUUGAUCCAAACAAAACCAGAGUUUUCUUCACAACCAUGUCCCCAACACACACAAGAAGUGCAGACUGGGGCAAGAAAGAUGGUGUGAAAUGUUUCAAUGAGACAAAGCCAAUAGGGAAAAGGAAGCAUUGGGGAAGUGGAUCUAGCAAGGAGAUGAUGAGGGUGAUGGAAAAAGUGGUGAAGAGAAUGAAAGUGGCAGUGACAUUCAUCAACAUAACACAGAUCUCAGACUACAGAAUUGAUGCUCAUUCCUCUGUUUAUACUGAAACUGGAGGAAAAUUAUUGACUGAGGAGGAAAAGGCAAAUCCAACAAAUGCAGAUUGCAUUCAUUGGUGUUUGCCAGGUCUUCCAGAUACUUGGAAUCAAAUAUUUUUGGCAAUGUUGUAACAAAUAACUUCAACUCUAUUAUGCACAUGCAUGCAUGCAUUUUCUUUUCUUCUCAUAUGAAAACGUCUUCUACUAGUAUGGGAAAUUGG